AAUGAGGGAGCGUCGCCUCAGUGCAGCAGCUGCGCAAUACACAUACAACCAGCUCGAUACCUACUACGGCGACGGCUUGGCUCAUGAAUAUUAAUGACGUAGUGGUGACGUUGCUUGGUAACCUUCCGGGACCGUCCAAGGGAGCUUCAAUCACGUAAUUAAGAUCAGCAGGAGAAAGGAAAAGGAGGAGAAAAGACGAUGAGACGAGACGACCUCAAAAACCAGCAGUCGGGUCUUUCCAUUUCACACAAACUCGCGUACCAGAGCAACCUCUGCUUCCAUUGAUUUUUGCGAAAGCGUUUAGUCGAUAUAUUAUUAGUAGUACAUUAUUUUAACUUAUGGUAGUUUAAAUAGAAUUGGGCUUUUGCCUUGUACCAAUAUACCAAGACAAAAACAACAAUAGGCAGUUUUUUAUAUGGCAGUAGUAGAUGUACUACUAUACUAUCGAAUACAAUAGAAAUAAGCAACGAUUUUUAAUCUAAAAAAAGUACUUUAAAAAUAAAGAAAAUGCGGGUCAGAUAACGUUACUGCUCAAAAAUGAUGUAAAAUUACAUUGCUAACCAAAUUCACAGUCACACAGCGCCAAAUACUAAUAAGGUUAUGGCCAUAUAGUGCCCAGCCCUUACAAGUUUAUAAUUAUACCAUGAUAUAUACACCAUAUAUAUUGGUAUGUAAAUGAACUACAUAUGUCGACCGGGCUUACUCACGCCCCCCUUGAGGUUGCCCCGUUUCCUUUUGCUGAAAGCUCAUUCGAAUUCUGCGCAAAGCUGUCCGCUGAUCAAGAUCAGGAACUGCGUGUUAUAAGCCUUUUUUUUUUUUUUUACUAAUUUCUACAUCAAAAUAGUGUUAUGCAGAAUAAAUAUUAAUAUAUUGGAGGAGACUUUGCCAUUGUUCUGUUAACGCAGCGCGGGAUGCUGGUACUCUUCAAACAGUCUAUCAAGUUUACAGAUGUCUCGUUAUGAUCCCAGAAGAUAUCACUUAUGAUGAAGACACCAAACGUUUGGAUCGAGCAUAUAUAGGAAGAAAGAAAAGGACAUGCAUUUCCAGACAGCCUGAUAGGAAUUACAGCUUUCUAAAUGCGUCUUCUUAUCGAGCAGCCAAGAACAAUGAGCAGUGGUUCUAGCAACUUUCUGCUAGUUCCUAUACCGGAGUACCCUGCGUUAGACUGCGUGCCAAACAAAAAUGUAAAAAUAGUUGUUCUUGGAGCAAACAAUGUAGGAAAAACGGCUCUGAUUGUAAGAUUUCUUACUAAGAGAUUCAUAGGAGACUAUGAAGCCAACACAGGAGCCUUAUAUUCAAGAAAGAUUAAUUUGGAUGGCGAGCAAGUUUCCUUACAAGUGCAGGACACUCCAUGUGUCUCACUGCAGGAUGAUGCAGAGGGUCUAUACUGUCAGGAACAGAUCAACCGCUCCAUUUACUGGGCCGAUGGUUACGUGCUCGUCUUCUCCAUCACUGACCUCAACAGCUACCGCACCAUCCAACCCUUAUACCAACACGUGCGUCGAAUCCACCCUAGUGGUAACAUCCCCAUCAUCGUUGUGGGAAACAAGAGCGACCUGCUGCGCGCUCGACAGGUCCCAGCACACGAGGGUAAGGCACUGGCUGAUGAAUUGGGAGGACCCUACUUCGAAGCUUCGGCAAGGGAGAACCACGAGAGCGUUCAGGCUGCUUUUCUGCACCUGUGUCAGGAGGUGAGCCGAGCGCUGGGAGGAGGAAAUGGGGAGAAGAGAAAAGGAGGGUUACACCUUGCCAGGCCAAAGAGCCCAAACAUGCAAGAGUUGAAGAGAAGAUUUCGGCAAGUGCUGUCAUCCAAGGUGAAGUCGGCUACUGCACUAUAAGUUACAAUUUUGUGACUGCAGUGGAUUCAGAAAGUUUUUUUUUUUAAGAACAACUUUCUGUUGCUCAAGCGUUUUAAGAUUGUGAAAUGCAAAACAUUGGAUCUAGGCAGCUGCGAGAACUCAUACAAGAUACAAGAUCCCACCUCUUUUUGGGUGGACUCUUGGCACUACAAUUAGCCCUGUUUUUGUUUCAGCUGCUGUCAUUCAUACAGAUUUGUCAUUUCUUCAGUAUUUUGACAAAUUUUCAUGACUUAGUACAUGACAUGAUUUCUGUUAGUAAGUGUAAUAGUCUUUCUUUUGACCUUGUCCUACUAUAUCAGUGAUGCAAGUAAAAACAGAUUUUGUCUAGGGAGAUACUAACAAAAUAACAUUUACAAGUCAUUUUAGGCAAAUAGCAGUCUAGGAUUGUCAUGUGGCUUGAAUUUUUUUCUGGAAUGUUAUUCCGGAAAAGUCCCACAAUUUUUUGACAGUGUGCGACAUUAAGAAGCUAUGUUGUUUUGUAAUUAUAUUGGAUGUUCUUGCCUGCUGGUUCCCAUGACAUUUGACCUGCUUAUGCUAUGUCAAAGAGCCUGAGUUUACUGUGAAGGUUCGUAAAGUGUCUCCUUCGCUUGUCCAGAUGUCCCAUUAGCCUACUCAAAUAGACGUUUGUUUAUCUCGCAGCUCUGAUGUAGUUGCAUUCCUCUGGAGCAGGUUUGGGGAUUAAAGUACUAACCUCCUAACUAACCUAUUGGUCAGGAAAAUGAGUGCAAGAAGCCAUUGACGUUUAACCUUUCACUUUUAAAAUAUAAACAUUUUCUUCUCUUUACCAAAAGGCCUAAUGAAAAGCAGAUUGUAUAAGAAUGUCACCAGCCUUCUCCAAUAUCAAAAUUUGAGGGUAAAUGAUGUAAUAAAUGUUUAAAUACUUUUUUCUAAAGUAGGUUUGUAGAAAAAUACAUGUGCUGUGCUGCUUCCUUUUUUAUA